CUCGGUAUAUUGAAUACUUAUUGCAUACAAGCUGAUUUGUCAACGACAUCAUGCACUCAUGGCAUAUUAAUCAUAUUUACCCAUCAAUAUUUAAGACAAAAAUCAUAAAUAAAGCGCCACUGUCGGAGACACUAGGCCUAUAUGCGGCUUGUCAAAUGAGGUGGACCUCGAAAGUGACAGAAAUUGCAGGUAACACGUGCGCAUUUCAUCACAAAACCCCCUAGAUGCCUCGCUAUAAACUGCAUGUCAAAGGAGGCCGGUUCUUUUCAGAUUCGCUAUAGGUCGUCGGUAAGAAAAUGGACUUAUUCUGGCUUGCAACCUUUGCUCUGUGCAUUCAUUAUGGAUUUACACAGAAUAUUGGAGCAAACCAGAUAAGGUUCGGAAGGCCUCGGUCGUUUCCAUUAGGCCCUGCUCCUCGGUUUUCAGGGACACCGUUUGCAAGACCAAUACCAUCCAACAGACGACUGAACUUUAUUCCUCAACCAUUACCCUCUCGUCGACAAAUUCUCUUUCCAAAUGCUGCAAACUCAUUUGCACCCGCGAUGCCAACUACUUCGUCACUUUUGUCUGGGUCAGUGUCAGGUUUAAAUUUUGGCAGAGUUAACCCACAGGGUCAAGGUCUUGUGACAGAACCAAGCGUUUCUGUGGAUGUAGGGAAUUUGGAUUUUGGAGCCGUUGCGGAAUCUGUGAUGACGGAUAUGUUUAGAGAAACGAUGACUGGGGACAAUUCUUUGAGGAACAACAACGAUUUGAAUACAAACAGCCAAACAUUCAGUCAAGGACAGCCAAUUUCAGGGUUGCCCCCAGUUAACAGCGGCUCUCGUUUGGGUAGCAAUGUCCUACAAAAUAACCCAAUUUCAAAUAACUGGAAUGCAAAUUUAGAUUCUCGGCCACCAAUUGGUUCAGAACUUAGGCCAGUACAUUUACUGAAUGAAGAGGAUUCUUUAAGCAACAGAAUUAAUACUAAUAAUAGACCUGAGAUAAGACAAGCACCGUUACUUAAUGGUGUCGGAGAAUCUACAGAAAACAGAGUAAACAUCAAUUUUAGAGCAGAAAGCAGACCAAAUUCAAAUAAUAUGAUUGGAUUAAAUGUUCCUCAGACACAACAAAAUACUUCAUCCCCGGUAAUCUUAGCACCGGCUUUUCCCGGUUUCGCUCCAUUGCAAUUUCCGGAUUUAGGUGAUGACUCUUGGUUUUCUUACCUUAAGGGUCUUUUAGAUCGCACUAGUCCUAACCUUCAGAUAUUUUCAAAUUCAACAGGAGGUGGAAUGUAUCCUAUUCCUCAACGCUUAACAGACCUUCCAAGAGGCACUAUGCCAAUCUACAUUAAAAACUUCCGGAGCAACCCAGCCUACGUUCCUUUUAAACUUUCCGGCCAACCUUUCAACUUGCUUAUUCCCUUUAACAGAGAUAACCGUGAAAUGAUGUACCCGUAUUUGCCUCUUUAUAUUCCAUAUCCAAACGUAGGUAUUGAUGUACCGGAAAUUGGUAUGCGUUUCGUAGCGUAUCUUCCUUUUCAGCCUGAUAGAUACAGGACGUCAAGAGAGGGCGCUGGUGUCAUAAUUCCACAACUUUCUGCCCCUGGGUCGUUUCCGAUAUACGUUGAUCGACGACCUGUGCUUGGGAAUUUAAUGCAACGGAUGGGGUGAAGUUGACUGGAAUCUUAUCAUUACCUUUAACGGGAUAAUAUCAGAGUCUACAAAACAAUUGUACAACUGUCUUCUAAACAAUGACUUGCAAUGAUUAGUACUUGAAAGAUAAGCAGAUUCGUACCAGAAACAUUUGUGGGACCGUGUUUGAUUUUUUGUGAUUGGUUCGCCAUUAAUGUCCAUCCAUUUGGUUACCCUUUGACAGCAGUCCCGCAGUAAAUCAGCUUAGGAAUGCUGCGAGACUGACAUUUGUAUUCUCAGUGUCUGCCAUAAAACAAAAUUCUGUCAGGACUUUGAAGUUAAAUUUCUAUUGACAGCUCUGGUAUUUAUUUUGAAUAAAUUUUAGAGCUGUACUUAGAUUUUUUUUUGUAUAUUUAUUAUUUUGUUUUUAAUCUGUGUUUGAAUUAAUAAAAAAAAAAAUAUUAAGAAAAUAUGAGAAAUAAAUAAAGGCUAGAU